CUCGCUUAUAAAUAUUUAUGCUCUGCGCAGGGCACAGAAAACCCUCUCUUGCUCUCUAGCGUACUUGCUGCUCUCUCUACUUCUUCUCUUUGUGGUUCGUUCCGGGAGAAACUCAGAAUCAAGUUGGUCUACCAGGAUUUGCUUACCGGUGAUGAGCUUCUCUCGGAUUUUCAAUGAGAACUACGUGUGUGGAUGCGGAAUAUGAUCUACGGUGGAGAAUUGAUGCUGAAAUCGAGUGGCACGCAGAGUAUAAAAUUUGUGGACUCUCCAUUCUCUAGUCGCUAGCACUCUGUUCCAUAGCUUUGGGACUUAAACUCGCCGUAUUAUCAGUUUCGCAGCUUAUAAUUCCUAGAUAAACAUUGCUAAUACUUAGAUGGAGGGAUUGAGCGUGUCAGGUACCAAUUUGGUAGUUUAUGUUCAUCCUUCCCAGAGCAAGAAUGUUUCUCGAGCAAUACUCAGUGAGCUCAGCUCCUUGCUUUUCAAGUUCAAUGAAACUUUUGAAGGUGUUGUAUUAGCUUAUGAUUGGAGCGCUCCAGAUAAACAUGCAAGAAUUCUCUCUGGAGUUCACCCCUACUUUGGUGUGAGACUAAAAGCAAAUCUAUUGCUUUUCUCUCCAAAGCCAGAUAUGCUUUUAGAGGGAAAGGUUGUGAAACUUACACUAGAAUACAUUCAUUGUAUUGUUCUUGGGUUUUCUUCUGGAGUUAUAACAGAUGAAGACAUUCGUGAUGAAUUUAGAUAUAAACGUAAACAUGGUGAAGGCUUAUAUGUUAGCAAAGUUCAGAAACGACAUGUGAUAAAGGUUGGAACUGUGAUACGCUUUGUUGUCAAGAGUUUUGAUGUGGAAAUACUGCAUGUUUCUGGAUCGUUGAUUCCAACUCACACUGGAAGUAUUAGUUGGUUGGAUGGGGAUGUUAAAAAUGCUAUAACUGACAGUAAUAAAAAGAAGAGGACACAACCUGAUGGAGAAAUUGAAGUGCAAGACCGUGGUAAUGCAAGCAGGGACAAGUAUUCCUUGAACAAUGACCAUGAAACUAAAAAGUCAAAGAAGCAUAGAAAUGCAUAACAUCAUUGAAGGCUGUUGCUGAUUCCUGACUCUUUUCUAUACUCAUUGUUCCUGUUAAUUUCAACUCUUUUGUUUUAUACCAGUUAUAUACAUUAUAUAACUUGUAAUUUGCUGGUCUACUUUGAGCAUGAAAUUCUGAUGUCAACCCUAUCAAAUUCACAAUAACUAUCCUGCUUUUACUAUGUAUGUACAGGCAGUUAAGCUUAUUCAAUGUAAGCAUGCUCAGUGUAACCCUGUGGAAUAGUUACAGCUUAAUGCGUUUUGUCUUAAGAUUGCAACUCAA